AUGAAGUUUAUUUCUCUGUUUUACUUUGCAUUCAUAGCAAAGUUCUGUAAAGCAGGAUGGCUUGAUUGUUGUUCUUGUUGCUGCGGAAGUGUUGAAGGUGGCGAGGCGCUUGAUAUAUCAAAUCCAGAUCUAUCCAUAGUAGAUAUAAAAGAGGACAAAGAAGGCUGUCUUACAUACAAAGAAUUCAAACCACAGAGUGGCUCUGUAAUUACUUCGGUAGUUGACGGCGAAACGCAAAUAUGGAAAGACAAAGGUCGCUGCAAACGUCUGAUAUUGAGAACAGCUGGAAAUGAUAGACUCCUUUACAUAGAGAUAAAAAAAGGUAAAUGCAAAGAUUUUCGGUAUUAUGAAAAGAAAGGUGAUGAAUGGUCAUCCAUGAAAAUAAAUGGUUACUUUGAUAAGCUGAACACGAUGAAGAAUGGAGGAAAAAAGAGCUAA